CUCGUCGAGCUAAAAUGUGUGUACAAAUCGAAGCGUGUGUACCGUUUAAUCGAUGGUGAAUCAGUUACAACGAAAUCGAAUUCAGAUGUAACUUUUCGACAAGUUCUUCAAUAAAUCACAUCGAAUUUCGAAUAAUUCGAACGACAAUGAACUUUUUUUGCAUUUUCUUGAGCCAACAAUAGUUUGUUCAGUGUGUCAUCGAUAUUAAGACAAUUUGUUUUGCAGGAGGAAAAAAAAGUGAAAUAGCCAAUAUUGGAUCGAACGACCUCUGGCAUUUUGAUGAAUCAAGAACAAUAUCUCAAGAACAGCAAAACCAAUCAAAACCAUUAACGAACGUGCAUUUUUCCCAUUCGUGUGAAUCACAAUUUUUUUUUGCUGGUUGUUAGUUGAAACAUUUGCGGUGUGUUACGUGCAAUUUUACGAAGAAUAUCAUCUUCAGUUUUUUUUUGUUGUUCAAAUUGAAUUUGAAUAAGAAAGAGAAAAAAAAAUAAAAAGUAAGAACAUCAAAAAAAUUGAGUUAUAUUGCGCACCAUUUGUUUAUAGUCGGUGUAUGUGGAAACGUGUAUUUGCGACUUCUUGCGGAUUCUAAUUCAUUAAAACAAAAAAUUUCUUACCGUGUUUUCGACUCGCAAACUUAAUGAUCGAUCUGAUAAAUACGGAUCAGCUGUAACGCACCUUUUAUAUCUUGGAAAGGCGUUGAAAAGUCAAAACACACAGAGAAAGAAAAAAGUACAUACAAAGUGUGACAAAAACCAUCGAUCAAAAGCAACAACAAAACUCAUCCGAUCGAUCACAUGCAGUGAGAGCACGAUAGAGUGAACGCACAAAAAAAAAAACGAAACGUAAGAGCGCAAAAUACAGACAAGCGAAGACAACGAACUAAAAAAAAAGAAUGGUAAGUCGCGAACGUGCAAAGUGACGAACGCACGUGUUUAACAAACGCUAAUUGAUACAUUCGAGUGCAAUUGAAAUUGAGAAGAAAGCUUUUACUCAAUUCUCGUCGACCGUUUUUUUUCACCUUGUUUUAUUUUUUAUUUGCUCGUUGCAUAUGCAGUUGUUGUGAAUCUGUUUCAUUUUUUCGGUUUUGAUUGCUUUAUUUCGUUUUGAUUAUUGAACAGAGCAACGGGUUGCUAUCUUCUUUCACAUAUAAUCUUAUUUAUAGUGCGCUCGCAUUUGUGAUUGUGUUAAAUGAACGGUGCUACAAUCUACUGACAUAGAUACAUAAACGAACCGGGUCCAAUAUCUCAAUUGCAAUUUUCUAUUUUCCAUUAUGAUGAAAAUAUAGAGAAGAGGAGAAGAAAAAAAUAUCGGUUUUUUAAACUCAUUACGAAAAAUUCAAAUUGCAUUUUAUUUUACAUUGGCUGCAACGACGCACACAACAUUCAAUGGAAGUGAAUCAAGAAUCAAAAACUAUCUAGAUUCAAAAACUAUUCCACCCGAAAAUAUAUUGCUUCAUUGUGCGCUUCGCUAAGCUUCUAAAUCUCUCGCGUGUGUUUGUGUGUGUGGGGGGAAGAGAGACAGAGAUAGAGAGUGUAACUGACAUGCAGUGAAAAUACGGAAUAUGCUUGAAACAAACAAUUUAUCACUUUGUAAAUUGGCGCAAAAAAUAUUUGGAAACGGUGAACGAGCGAAAUGUGCAUACGAAAAGUGAAAAAAAGUAUGUGCUAAAAUCUAAAAAGAAGAAACAACCGAGUGAAAAACAAAAAACAAAUAAACUGCAAACACAAAUGAAGUGAAUUUGAAACAAAACAUAAAAGCACACAGCUACACCCAUAAGUGCAAAUGAUUUAUAAAUGUUAAGGUUAUUUCAAUCAAAUGCUUGAACUGUUUAGUGCAGAGAGAAUAAAAAAGAAUCGUUUUUUUUUCGUGUUUCAUUAAUAAUGCUAUUUAUGUUCGAGUGAAGUAAAUUGUUAAAACAAUUCGAAAGGGGAGCGAAUGAAUAGAUACGAAUUGUUGUGUGUGCGUGUGUUAUUUUAGUGAUAAUUAAUUACAUUUUCAACGUUUCAUGUUUGCAAGCGCAAGCCAAAAACAAUCGGCCGUAUAUAACAAAAAAUCGAAAAAGAACCGAGAUUCAUCUCACUCACUUUCGCGUUAAAUUGAAAAGUGUGCGCACAGCUGUCCGAUUUUCGAAGCCAUUAUACCGCCCCGUGUGUUCAGCAAAGCCGCGUUUGAGUGACCGUGUACAAUAUAAACUACACGAUAUAAAUAAAGCAAGGAAAUAUAAUCAUCAAAAAUGUAUAAAUCAAACGAUAUCAAGCAUUUCACAUUAACGCUGACUGUGUUAGUUUUAAGUUGUAUUCCAUUGAUCAGUGCGCAUGUUGCGUUGACGUAUCCACCAGCGCGGAAGUACGAUCUGGACUUUUUAGAUAAUAGCCGAACAAAGGGACCAUGUGGCAUGCCAAAAGGUUCAACACGAACAUCAUUCUUGGCUGGUUCAUCGAUUAAUGUUACUUGGCAUUUAGCAUACCCACACCGAGGUGGUUUUCGAUUGCAAUUGCUUGAUCACUUGGAACGUCCUGUGCUCGAUUUAACUCCAUCCGUCGGUGGCACCGAUUUUGUUCGAAACGAUGUGACGGCACAAAACUUUGAAGUACGAUUUCCAUCCGAUUUUACAUGCAAAGAUUGCACACUACGCCUCUUACGUCAAGCCGAUGAAUGGUCAAAUGGAUAUCGAUUUUGGUCAUGUGCUGAUAUUGACAUCAAAAGCCGAAAAGAAUUCCGUGAAACAUGUUCGGGACACGGUAAAUAUCUAGCCAGUCGAUGCAAGUGUGAUAAGAAAUAUUAUGGAUCACGGUGUCAGUACAGUGACGAAUGUGAGAAAAACGAUGAUUGCGGUGCACAGGGUAAAUGCAUUGAUUUGCAAGGCACUGCAUUGCCAAGACGUCAAUGCUACUGUAAUUUUGGUUGGUUUGGACCAAACUGCUCGAAAAAAUCGCCAAUCAAAUCAAAGGAUCUUGAUCUAUCGCAAUACUCAACAAAGCAACUUUCACCCGACUAUCGUAUUCAUUGGCGUAUAUUGAAAGAUAAAAAUGAAAUUGAAAUUGUUGCCAUUGUAAAUGGAACGUCAUGGGUCGGAUUAGGUUGGAGACCACGUAAGCUUAAUGCGACAUGUCGAAAUUUCCCGCUUAUUCAAAAGGAAAAGGGAACACCAUCGGAGCAGUUAGUGAAAGCAAAUGUGAAUCAAAACAGUCGAACGCCAACAUCUGAACCGGAACCCUCUACGGAACCCGAGAAAGAACCAGCUCCAGAAAAAGAUAGUAAACAUCCAUCUAGUGAGCCGACAUCCGAACCAAAUGCUGAACCGGAGAAAGAGCCAGCGCCAGAAAAAGGCAGUAAGCAUCCAACCAGUGAGCCAACAUCAGAGCCAAAAUCUGACCCAGCUUCUGAACCGGAAUCAGAGCCCGAAGCUGAGAGCAAAGCACCAGAAAAAGAGCCAGCACCUGAAGGACAUGGGAAACAUCAUCCAUCAAGUGAGCCAACAUCAGAGCCAAAAUCCGAGCCAGCUUCUGAACCGGAAUCAGAACCAGAAUCUGAGAACGAAGCACCACAAACGGAACCAUCAUCAAAACGAACCAACAAACAUCAAUCAAAAGAACCAACAUCGGAGCCGGAAACAGAGCCACAACCAGAAGAACCAUCUACUGAACCAGCAACAGAACCCCCAUCUUCUACAACGGCUUUACCGCCUCGUCCACAACCUUUCCGAACACGUUUAUUUAAUAAAACCAAACGUGUUGUUAUUCCGUUGAGAGAACGACAAAACUUCCAAGGCGCAAGAGAUUUAUCAAAACGACACAUUCGAGCCGUGCCACGAGCUGAACCUUCAACUGAACCAGAACCUGAGGGAAAUGCUGAACCAGAACCACCAUCACCUGAAACAGAGCCAGAAACAACUCCAGAAGGUAGUCAACCCGAACCAGAAAGUACAUCCCCAGAGCCUGAGUCAAAAUCCGAACCAUCAAGUGAACCAUCGAAGGAACCAGCACACGAGCCAUCUGGUGAACCAUCGAAGGAACCAGCACACGAGCCAUCUGGUGAACCAUCGCAUGAACCUUCAAGCGAACCGUCAGGUGAACCGUCAAAGGAACCAGCGCAUGAGCCAUCUGGUGAACCAUCGCAUGAACCUUCAAGCGAACCGUCAGGUGAACCAUCGAAAGAACCAACACACGAGCCAUCUGGUGAGCCAUCGCAUGAACCUUCAAGCGAACCGUCAGGUGAACCAUCCGGCGAACCAUCGAACUUAAAUGUUGAAUACGUUUCGCAUGAGUAUGCACCAAAACAUGACUUUAAUCCAAUGGAUUGCACGGAUAUUGUUAUUGGAACGGCAAGAAAUCAAUCAAGUCGUAUUUUGGAUUAUUACACACGAGACAGAUCGACACCACGUCAAGAUAGCUUCUGGGGUGGAUCAAAUGAUUUAACAGCAACUGGUGGUUUUGAAGAGAAUGGCGUAACAACCAUCAUUUUCCGUCGAAAAUUAGAAUCAAAAGACAUUGCCGAUCAUUCGAUUGUGAAUGAUUUGAUGCAUGUGAUUUGGGCACGUGGUCAAGAACCAGGAAAAUAUAUCCACUCACCACCAUCCGGAUUGGAAAAAGAAUCGGCAUCGAUGCAAAAUUUCUAUCAACCAGAUGAAUUAAAAUAUCACGGUCAUAAAACGCAGCGUGGUGUUGCUCAAAUUAAUUUCUUUGAAGAUACUAAACCAAAGGCGGCUACUGGAUCGAAAGCCACCGAUGUUUUAUUUAAUGUUCUUGAUAAUAAUUGCGAAGGACAUUGGAAGUAUCCACGUACAUGUAAACCGGAAAAAUUCGAUUGUGAAUAUUAUGCUGCAUGGCAAACAGUGGGUCGCGGCGAUGAGUUCCGUUUCCGUAUUCAAACGACAAACACAAAAACAUGGACCGGAAUUGGAUUUAGUGAUGACGAAAAAAUGUCACAAACCGAUGCCAUCAUUGGAUGGGUUGAUCCAAAUGGCAGACCAUUCUUAAUGGAUACCUGGAUCAAUGGUUAUACAUCACCGAAAUUGGAUGAACAUCAAAAUAUUUACAAUAUAUCCGGUCGCAUUCAAAACGGUGUGACAUUCCUUGAAUUUACACGAAAACGUGAAACAAAUGAUAAAAAUGAUUUAUCAUUUACCGAAGAUAAAUGUUUGUAUCUUAUGUUCCCGGUGCUUGGUGGACGUUUCAAUGCCGUCAAUAAGAAAAUGAGCAAACAUGAACAAACACCGGUGGUGACCGAUUCACGGGUUUGCAUUAAAUCAUGUGGCCGUGAAUUGAUCGAUAAUAGUAUAUUGCCAGUAGAAAAAGUGCCUAGUCAAUUGGCGUAUGCGGUCAGUGUAAAAUUAAUGAAUUUAGCUGAAUCGUUUGAAUCGCCAGCAAAAGGAACACCCGAAUUCGAUAGUUUGGCAUCACAAAUAGCCAAUUCGAUGGCCGGGGUUUUAAGCCAUAUUCCCGGUUAUACUGAAACCGAAGUCAGCAGCUUUGAAAAAGACAAAAAUGCUGUCAUUGCAAAGAUGAAUGUUCUAUUCGAUAAGGCCGCGUAUGAAAAGAGCCAAACAGUAAAGAGCGGAGAAAACAAUGAUUUGAAAGAAGGCGAAUCAGACGAAGAAGAUGGCAAAGUUAUCAAAGACACCAUUCUUAAUAGCAUCCAAUCGGCAAAAUUGGGCGCACUUACUGUCGAUCCUGGAUAUUUGCAUUUCCGCACAUUAGAACAUAACUUCGAAGAAGAUGAGGCAGGAAAAUCAUUCUUCAAUUUAUCGGAAGUUCGAUUGUAUACGGUCAUUGGAUUGAUCGCAGCUCUAGUCUUUGUGGCUUUAUUGCAAGCCGCAUGCACCAUUUAUAAAACGUCGUCAUCAAGUCGAAAUCAAAAGGAUAAAUUAAUCCCAAACUCCGCAUGGAAAGAUUAUUCAGCAAAUACGAAUUAUGCAUUUGAUACGGUUGAUGGGCAUAUGCCAUCAGAUGAAAAGCAUCAAAAACGAAAUGGAUCACGCAUGAAUACAUCGGCCAGUUCACAACAGACAUUACCACUUUCCCACGUUCCAAUGAAAUCACAUUAUUAUAAUGUUGAUAACGGUGGCCGUCAACAAAUGUCCCCGUAUGAAAAUGGAAACGGCUAUUCGAGUGGCCAAUAUUCAAAUCGUUAUGGGAAUGAUCGGACAUAUUCGUUGCCUCGUACAGCGGCUGGUGCAUCAUCAUCGCAUGGUCAACGUUAUUCACAUCAACCAUCAUAUGCUGAUGGUUAUUACACACAAGAUCGUCGUCGUAACAAUAGUUCAAGGUCAAAUCAUCAUCAGAUGGACGAUGCAGCAACAACAACUGCGAUGGAUAAGCCCGAUUUCUAUUUUAUGCCGUCACAACGUAAAUAUUCUGGUGAAGUGGUUCGCGUCUAUGUUGACUACAACAAGGAUAAUAUGAAAAAAUAGGGAAAAGAGAAUAAAAUAAUAGAAGCAAUCCA